AUGAACACUUCUGAACUGGAGGAAUGUGCUGUCACAAUGAGAGGCAUUUGGUCCAGGAGAAACGAGAGUAUGCAUGGACAGGGUUUCAAACAUCCAAACACAGUAGUACGGGGAGCCAAAGUUGAAAUCAUCAACUACAAGGAGGUAAACACUUCAAGGAAGGAACACAUGAUGCCUACUAUUCAGGAUGCACGGCAAUGGAGGAAACCAUCUAGGGGAACGUACAAGGUCAAUUGGGACGCUGCCCUCAACUCUGAAGCAGGUACAAUGGGACUGGGGGUGCUGGUUAGAGACUAUAAAGGCCAUGUGAUUGGUGCUCUGAGAGCACGAAGGCCUCUAGCGGGGAAUGCUCUAGAAGCAGAAGCCUAUGGAACUGUCUUAGCAGCCACUUUCUGCAGAGAACUAGGACUCAAACAGCUUCAUCUGGAGGGGGAUUCACAGCUGGUGAUCAACCUGUUGAAGGGUACAGAGAGAAACUGGAGCCUGGGGGGCCUCCUAGUUGAAGAUGCAAAGUUGGUUUUAUCCAGUUGUGGAAGCUGGAAAGUAUCGCAUGUCCGUAGAGAAGGCAACCAAGCUUCUCACAAGCUAGCUAAAUCUGCCUUGUUUCUUGAUGAUGAUGUAUAUGACUUGGAAGAAUGCCCUACGUGCAUUCAAUCCACUGUAAUGUCUGAGUUGUUUUCAGCAUAA